ACGUUUUAUUAUCUUCAUAGAAUAUGAGAAACCGUAAAAGAACCACUGAAAGGGAGGAGCAGGAACCGAUUACGAUAUCCCUGAAAGAACCCUGAGACGAUUUCUGCAGAAAGUCACGGAUGAAGAGCUUUAUGGCACUAAUGAACUACCUACAACUGCAGUCGGCUAUAUAAAAAAUAGACAGGUAAAAAAAUAUAAUUACUUAUUGGGCACUUUAGUAAACAGUGUGCUUGUGAAUUAUUUAAUACAUUUUCUUCAUUUUCAGGUUUUCUCCGACGACCAAGAGAAACAAUUAGAGGAAUAUAUAUUAAAGGCUGCCGAUGUAUACUUUGGCUUAUCACCAAAACAGAUAAGAACUUUUGCUUAUGAAUGGGCUGUCUCACUAAAAAUUAAAUUUCCCGAUUCCUGGAAUACAAAUAAAUGCGCCGGACAAGAUUGGUUUACCUAUUUUAUUAAAAGACACGCUGGUCUGUCUAUACGUACGCCGGAAGCCACAAGUUUGGCACGAGCAUCAGGAUUCAAUAAGCACAGUGUAGGAAUUUUUUUUAAACAGUUCUGCAUAGGCUACAAAUUGGUCCUCAGGAUAUCUACAAUAUGGAUGAAACUGGAAUUACGACCGUUCAAAAACCUGACAGAAUUGUAGCAAGAAGGGGCUUUAAACAAGUAGGUCGAAUCACCUCUCAAGAAAGAGGCACAUUAGUGACUCUCGCGAUAGCUGUAAACGCCAUUGGUAAUAGCAUUCCGCCCUAUUUUAUUUUUCCACGCGUUAACUUUAGAGAGCACAUGCUCUCUGGUGCCCCACCUGGAAGCGCUGGCGCAGCUAACCAGUCUGGAUGGAUGAAAAAGGAGCAUUUUCUGCACUGGUGUCAACAUUUUGUUAAGCACACUGGUUGCUCCAAAGAAAGGCCGGUACUUCUGUUGUUAGACAACCAUGACUCCCAUUUAUCAAUUGAUUCUUUGGACUAUCUUAAAGAGAAUGGAGUGACGGUGUUGUCCUUUCCGCCACACUGCUCUCACAAGCUACAGCCGCUGGACAGAUCAGUGUAUGGGCCCUUAAAAAAAUAUGUAAAUACAGCAUGCGAUGGUUGGAUAACCAGUCAUCCAGGGUCUAGUAUGACCAUCUACGAUGUCCCUGAAAUUGUGGCCGUAGCUUUGCCAAGCGCAAUAACACCAAAGAACAUAACAGCAGGGUUUAAAGUGUCAGGAGUUUAUCCAUUCAAUGAAUGUGUCUUUUCUGAAGACGAAUUUCUCCCCUCUUAUGCUACUGACCGCCCACUUAUUGAGCAAGCAAAAGAUGAUAAAAUUGACAGGAAACCUAAUAAUAGCCCUAAACCUAAAAUAUCUCAGGAUACUAGUCCCCAACCAGGAACAUCUCGGGAUUAUUCUGAAAUUCUUAACGCUGAUAGCUCAAUGCCAAAAACUUCUGAGAUAAACCCACCGCUCGAAGAAAAAACCCCGGAAAGCAAAUAAUUAAAAAUAUUAACAUAUUAGCCAAAGAAGAUACCGAGUUGAACACCCAAAAAAAAAACAGUCAGUCCAUUUGAGCUAAAGCAACUGCCAAAAGCUCCACCAAGAAAAAAUGAGAAUAAAGGAACUCGAAAAAGGCGUCACACCGAGAUUUUGACGCCAAUAAAACAGGCACACAAACAAAAAAAGUUCCAAUAAGAAAAGAGCUUAAAAAUAACAAAGAAAACAAAAUAAAAAGAAGAAAAAUGUAAAUAAAAAACAAUUGGCUGAAGAAUCGAGCGAUGAAGAUGAGUGUCUAUGCGCUUACUGCCUUGAUACUUUUACAAACAGUCGUCCGGGUGAGGAAUGGAUUAGAUGUUUUUCAUGCAGUGGGUGGGCACACAAAGA